AUCUGGCAGAGGUGGUCCCUUUAGAGGAAGAGGGGGCAAAAACAAUGGCAAACCAAGGUGUCAAAUCUGUCAUUACAACAACCACACUGCAGAUAAGUGUUACUAUAGAUGUGAUCUGAACUUUGUGCCAAGACAAGGCCCCAACUCAAACUUCCAAGGACAGUCUAGUGGAAAUCAGUAUUCAGGAGGAACCUCAGUCAACCUUACAGACAUGAACGGAUCUUUUGGAGCUCAAUCUGAAGUGUGGUAUCCUGAUUCAGGUGCCACAAAUCAUGUGACACAUGAUCUGGCCAAUCUCAAUCUUGCAUCAGAGUAUAAUGGAGAAGAAAGGGUUCAUCUUGGAAAUGGAUCAGGUAUGAACAUCUCUCAUUUUGGUGAAUCCAUAGUUAUGUCCAAUAAAAAUCAAAAAUUCCUUCUAAAAAACCUCUUACAUGUGCCAAAUAUCACAAAAAACUUGGUCAGUGUAUCCCAGUUUGCUAAAGACAAUUGUGUGUUUUUUGAGUUCCAUCCUUCAUUCUGUCUUGUUAAGGAUCAGGAUACAAAGGAAGUGCUUCUCAAGAGGGCAGCUAAAGAUGGUCUCUACAGUUUUUACCUACAAACCAAGAUCACUGAACCUAAGAAACAAGCUUCUCAGCCAGUAAACAAGAACCCUAUCCUCCUUUCAGCUGAAUUGGAAAAUAAAGUUAGUCUAGAUGUUUGGCACACUAGAUUUGGUCAUGAAAGUUUAGAUAUUGUAAGGAGAGCAUUGAGUGACUGUAAUAUCUUUUUUAUUGAUAAUGAGAAUCAAGGUUUAUGUUCAGCUUGCAUGCAAGCCAAAAUGCACAAGUUACCAUUCUAUCCUUCUGAAAAUAAAAGCUUUUCUCCUAUUGAGUUUAUCCAUUCUGAUCUUUGGGGGCCAGCCCCUAUAAGAUCCUUUCAAGGCUAUAAUUACUAUGUUUCCUUCAUUGAUUAUGCAUCAAGAAACACCUGGGUUUAUCUGCUUAAACAGAAAUCUGAAACCUUACAAGCAUUCAUUCACUUUAAAAACUUUAUUGAGAACCUUUACUCCAAAAGAAUAAAAAUAUUUCAGAGUGAUGGAGGUGGAGAAUUUGUGGGAAUGAGUAAGUUCUUGUCUGAAAAUGGGAUAAAGCACCAAAUCUCUUGUCCCUAUACCCCUGAGCAGAAUGGGCUAGCUGAAAGAAAACAUAGGCAUUUGAUUCAAGUUGCCUUAGCUCUUCUUGCUCAGUCCAACUUACCCUCUUGUCAUUGGGAUGAUGCAGUUUGCAGUGCUGCCUUUAUAGUUAACAGGACCCCCACAAAAAUCUUGGACUAUAAAACUCCUUUUGAAGUCUUAAAUCAAAAGAAGCCAGAUUAUUCUCAUCUGAAAUCCUUUGGUUGUUUGUGUUACCCUCUGAUGAAGCCUUACAAUCAACACAGACUGCAGUACAAAAGCCAACCUAGCAUAUUUAUGGGGUAUAGUAGUAAACAUAAGGGUUAUAGGGUGCUUCUUCAAGAUAAAAGAGUGAUCUUAACAAGACAUGUGAUGUUUGAUGAGUCUCAGUUUCCUUAUAUAAAGGACCAACAAAUACCUGAAAUGAAUAUCCCUCACACUGAUAAUGCUCCUCUCAAUGUUAUUGCUACUGAAAGCUUGCCUUCUACUCCAAUCCCAUCUUCUCCAACAUAUUCUCCCUUGUCAGCUCAAACAACUCCUCAGAACAGUCCAAGCCCAUCACCUCAAAACUCACCUAACCUUCAUGGACAUAUCUAUGUGAAUUUACCAAUAGAGAAUGUUGUGUUACCUGCUGAUGUUGUUACUACUUUUGUUGAGCCCUCUAACAGGAAUGCAGGUGGUCAUUCCAUGAUAACAAGAGCCAAAGUAGGAAUACACAAACCUAAGGUCUAUGCAACACUAUGUUCAGAAGACAAAGAGCCAAAGAAUGAUGAUGAGGCCUUAUCUGAUCCACAGUGGAGAUUGGCAAUGCAAAGGGAAUAUGAUGCUUUGGUAAGAAACAAGACCUGGACAUUGACUCAUCUACCAGCAGACAAGACUCUAAUUGGUAGCAAAUGGGUUUACAAAGUAAAGCACAAUGCUGAUGGAACUGUGGCAAGACACAAGGCUAGGCUAGUUGCAAAGGGAUACACUCAGUAUCCUGGUUUUGAUUAUGGUGAGACAUUCAGUCCUAUGGCUAAACUUGCAACAAUAAGAACUGUAUUGUCUAUUGCUCUAGCUUCAAACUGGGAUAUUAAGCAAAUUUACAUUGACAAUGCAUUUCUCCAUGGGAAUUUAGAUACUGAUUUGUACAUGGAGCAGCCAGUUGGUUUUGUCAUGCCUCAGAAGGAGCACUUGGUGUGUAGGCUGCACAAGUCCAUUUAUGGACUAAAGCAAGCAUCAAGGGCUUGGUUUGACAAGCUUGGGUCAUGCCUUCACUCACUGGGAUUUAAGAGAAGUCAAGCUGAUAACUCCCUUUAUUACAGGCAUUCAAAUGGUAACUGCACUCUUGUGUUAGUUUAUGUUGAUGAUAUGGUUAUAACAGGAAGUAACACUUCAGAAAUUACCAAGCUCAUUGAUCAACUUGGUAAGGAAUUCUCUCUGAAGGAUCUAGGAGGUUUGAAUUAUUUUCUGGGAAUAGAGAUUCUUAAAACCAGAUCAGGACUGUUUCUUAAUCAGAGAAAAUACAUUGUUGACUUAUUGAAGAGAACAGGAAUGAUAGAUUCAAAGGGGCUGCUAUCACCAAUGGUUGGCUCACCAUUACUCUCCAAAUUCAGUGGCCAACCCAUGGAAGAUCCUAAACUUUUUAGGUCAGUAGUUGGUGCACUUCAGUAUGCAACCAUCUCAAGACCAGAACUCUCUUACAGUGUUAACAAGGUUUCACAAUACAUGCAAACUCCCAUGAACACUCAUUGGAAGGCAGUUAAAAGAAUCCUGGGGUAUCUUGCUGGAACUCUUGACUAUGGAAUGCACUUUUACAUGUCAAAGAACUUGCAGAUUACAGCUUAUGCUGAUGCAGACUGGGGAUCUGAUAUAGAUGAUAGAAGGUCCACAAGUGGAUUUUGUAUUUUCUUGGGUCCAAAUUUAAUCUCUUGGAGCUCUAAGAAACAGCACAUUGUGUCAAGGUCAAGCACAGAAGCAGAGUACAGAUCAUUGGCUCAUGCAGCUUGUGAUGUGGUUUGGCUACAAUCUUUGCUCUCAGAACUCAAGGUUCAUACACCUCAACCAGCAACUAUUUGGAUGGACAAUCAAGGUGCAGUGAGCUUAGCUGGAAAUCCAGUUUAUCAUUCAAGAACUAAACACUUUGAAAUAGACCUUCAUUUUAUAAGAGAGAAGGUUGUCA